AUGCUGCUCCUGCUGGUGCUUGCAGCUACUGCACCCGCGAGCGCUGAGCUACAGCAGCUACGGACGCAAGGCUUGCAGAGUGCCUCAGAAGAAGCGGCAACGCCCCCUGAGCGCCAGCCCUCCGCUGUUACAGAUCCAACAAACGCAUCAUCAGCAGGAGCAGUACUAGAAGCAGGAGCGCAAGUUACCAGCGCAGCUGAACUGCCGUCUGUAUUCGACACCGACUACCUAUCUAGCAACCUUGUUAGCCCUGGGAGCAGCACCCUGCUACAAGCUCUGAACAGCAACGUUACGGAUAAUAGCAGCGCCGACGGGAGUACGAACACCCCUAGCACUGCCGCUUCGGCUGGCAGCACGGGGACUGGCAGCAGCCAGGAUGAAAAGGGAGGGCAUAGCAGUAGAAGCAGCAACAAUAGCAGUACGAGCACCAGGAAAAACACUGCGCUACAGAUUGAUGCACUACAAGAGAAGGUCAAUAGCCCGGCUCAGCAGCAACCAUUGCACCGCCAAACAGCAAUGCAAGCUCGACCAGCAGCAGGAGAGCGAAAUUCAGAAUCGGCAGCAGUGCAAGAUGAAGCGGCGGUAGCAGAAGUGCCUGCCUUGCGCCUUCGCACGCAGCUGGACUCUCAGUGGUUGAGUCCAUCCCCGCCUUCAAAGGAGGAUUCUGUGCUUGAAGCACCCGAGGAACUCCUCGGAGAUCCUGAUGAGUCUCUCGAUGAGCCUUACGAUGCUGGUCCUCUAGCAUCUUCUAUUGAGGGGCAGCUGCUAUGUCUUCAAUGGAAUAUCUGCAACGCGGCUCUGAGCCUGCUCCUUGCGUAUGCCUGCUCUUCGAAGCUGCAGCAUGUACCUGCUGGCGUGGUAUUCCCUACAGCAGCAGCAUCAGUGCCAAGAGCCCCCAUUAGGCUGCCUCUAGGCCACGGCAUGCACUUCACCAAAAGCUUUCCUAAGAUAGAAGACCACCUGUAUUCAUUGUCUGCCGUGUUUCAGAGGGACCCCUCCUCUGUGGGGCAUCCCCAGUGGGGCCACCUUGGGGGUCGGCGGGUGUUGUGUUACUUGGGUCAAGCGGCACAGGCGAGUUCUGGAGUUUUGCAUGCGUUCAAGUGCACCUAUACGACACCAAGCGCCUCCAUGUUUGCUUGGCUCACUGCCACACUGUCGAUGAUCAGUUCUUUUCUUGACCCCCUCUUCUCCCUCACCGCCAAUUGUCUUUCUGCGCUGUAUGAUAUCACCGCGCUCGCCUUCUAG